CAGGUGCAAAGUAAAUAUGUUAUUAGUACCCAGCGAGUAAAUGUCUCCCAUUUCAUAGAUAUCUUUUCUCUCAGUGCACACGCAAUUUAUCUCGGAAGUUUAAACAGUCGUAUUUAAGGACCAAAAAAUAAGAAUGCCAAGGAUUAAGUACGUGUCCGAGCAUUGGUACCUUUAUCUUAUAAUUUUUAUAAUUUCCUGGGGGAUUUCCUGCCGAAAACAAAAGGAUGUGUCUCGUCGUGGAAAAUAGAACAGCGCGAGUACAAAGAAGAUAGCGACUUUUUGUCUUCUCUAUUUUUUCUUUUUCUCUUCUCUCUGUCUUCUUUUCUCCUUCCCCACCGUAUCGCUUCUUCCUUUCUUUCUUGUCAAGCUGAGAAGUCUCUCGACAUCUCGACGGCUGCCCUCGACACGGGGCUGUUUUGGUGGCCUUUAAUUAUGCCACCGCGACGUCCCACUCCGUGGGUAUCUCGCAACCUUCUUCUUCUUCUCUUCGGAGGAGGAGAAGAAGGAGAAAGGAGGAGAAGAGCAUUUUGCUGCCUUGUGCUGCGCCAACACCACAAACCGCGUAGUGAUUGCUGCCGCACCGCUGUUCCCAACGUUCUCGCGUGAUACCAAAUCGUGCUGCAUAGUAUCACGGCAUCGGCCACUCUGCGUGGCAAAGCGUGUUCAGACGAGACGAACUGAGCGGAUGCAUUUAUUUUUUUCUUUUUUUUUUAUAUCUUUUUCUUCUCUUUGCUUUCUCUACUCCUCUCUUAAUUUCGUUUUACGUUCCGCGCGUCGCCGAUCACCGUGGAAACGCGCCGCGUCCCGUUCCUCGACCGGGAAAGUCCGGAAAGUCCGACCACGUCUCGUGGUCACUCGAUAAAUCCUUCGAGGAGAGAUUUCGUUCUCUCCUCUUUCACGAUCACGUGUCGGGCCGAGAUUACGCGUGUCGCCGCCCGGAGAUAUCGUCUCGUCGCCGACAUAAUUACCCCGGGGAAUCUUUUGAUCUUAAUUAGCGCCGCCCGCGCUCGCCUACGCUGGGAUCUCUUACGUAAAUAAAAGUUUGAGCGAAAAUAUUAUCGCGAGAGGUGUUCUCCGAGAGAUUUUCUCUGCUAAUUUCGUGAUAAGCAGAAAGGCGUGACUCGGAAAAAGGCGCCUGCUAUAAAAGUGACGAACCGCGGACUAUCAGCCACGGAUAUUUCUCUUUCUUUUUCUUAGCGGGAUCUGUCGUCAUCGUGCGUUCACGUGCUUCAACUAGUUCGACUUGACGAUCGCGGCGAUCAGUCGUGAUUUGUCCGCGGAGAGAGAGAAAGAGUGGCGCGUUCUUCGACCGCGAAGUGGAGGCUCAUCGCGCGACACUAGAGUCGAUCGAUUUAUCAAUCGAUCGAACAUUUCCUAAUCGUCGUGUCGCAACCAGCCGCGAGUGUCAGCAAGUUGUGGUAUUCAUUUACGAUUUGAUUAUCUCGCGACGUCAAUAACAUUGAUAUUAUUCUCGUGGAAGAAGCGAAGAGUUGCGUAAUUUUGAGCUGCUAUAUAAGAGAUAUUUUGAUGGAGUACACGCACGUUGAAUUUUACACAAAACCGAGGCCCAGUUGUUCCUUAUGAUUCCAUGAAUUUCAUGAAUGUGGUUAUCUCGCAAAAACACCGAGCGCGAACGCGGUCGUGUUCCCGUCAUGCACGAGAAACGAGUCGGAUCGAAGUUGAAGGCCGACGUCUUUGCAGCAGUUACUGCCGGCACGCGUAGUCUCUCUCUCAGCUUCGUGGAAAGAAUCGAAACGAUCGCGGCACGAAGGAGGAAUGUCAACGUCCCGAGCGGCUGAACAUAGGUUUCGUUCGUCGAGCUUUUCUGCCGUGCAACCGCGUCGAACGAAGAGGAGGAUGAAGCUGCUCGCGGCCGUCUUUCCCGCGUUUCUCUCCCUGGCGACGAUCGCCGAUUGUCUCACGACCGAUAGAUUCUGCAAACCCGAGACGGGAGAUGAUUUCCAACGCGCACACAUCGGCCUGAUUAUCUCGCCCAUAAUGUCUAGCAGGGUGAUACGCGAGAUCGAGAUUUACUGGAAUCACGCUAAGUAUCAGCCGGGCGACACGAUAGCUCUGUACACGAGCGAGCCCACGGUCUACCUCGAGCCAAUUUAUACCCUGGUACCGAAUGCACCGAGCGGCAUCAAGAGGACCGGGCUGCAAGCCACGUUUGUUCCCACUUCGAACCUGACGUUUGUACAACAAUGCUUGAAGUACCAUGUCGCCUGGCUGAGAGACGGCUCGAUCAGGAUGGUGAAUUGCAUGCGAACGCAACCACGUUGGAUGGCCGACAGGAGGGACAUUCUGGGGCCGUUGCCGAUGAGCAGGGUGUUCCUGCCUGGCACACACGAUUCCGCGUCGUACGCGAUACACGAGCGAGCAAACUCCGAGAAUAUCGUCGAGAGAUACGUGAUAACGCAGGACGUGGACGUGCUCGCGCAACUGAUCCACGGGGUCCGAUAUCUGGACAUCAGAGUCGGCUACUACCCCAACAGCAGCCCGGUAUGGUGGGCUAAUCACGGGAUGUUCAAGGCCGUGCCCAUGCAGAACGUCGUGAACCAAGUGAAGACUUUCCUCGACAACACAGACGAGAUCGUGAUAUUCGACGUGCAGGAGUUUCCAGUCGGCUUCGGCAAACAACUCGGAGUACAUCACGACUUUGUGGGCUACCUCGAGGAACAGUUCGCCGGGUACUACUUGCCGAAGAGCAGCUGGACCAGCAUGCUUAAUACGAUCUGGUCGUCCGGGAAGAGACUCAUCAUCGGCUACGACGAGAAACGCGUGGUCAAUCUCUACAAGAGCGUGUGGCCCUGCGUGACGCAUCAGUGGGGCAACGUCAGGAAAAUCGAGGACUUGUUCGAUUACCUGAAUCGCAUCGAGACGCAGAGUAUCGCACAUCCUAGGUCGACACCGAGAUCGGCGAUGGCAGAAUUGACACCCAACACAUUGGACGUGAUCUUGAACCGGCUCGGGAGCAUUCGCGAAAUGGCGGACAAGGUCAACAUCAACGUCACGAAUUGGUACAACAGCAAGUGGCAACGCACCGCGAACAUCGUCGCCGUUGACUUCGUGCGAUCGUCCGGCAUCAUCGAGACCGCGAUCGAGUGGAACGAGAGACGAUAUACGCGCUGCUGAAUCCGCCCCCAAUGUUCCCGUGACGGAGUCACGACAGACCCGAGAAGAAAACGCGCAAACCAAAGCAAAGUAAACGAUACAUUAAUAUAGAGACAUACAGUAUAAAAAAGUAACUCGGCCUGUGCGCCGAAAACGAAGCAACUUCGCGCGAAGUAGUGCUCAAUAAUUUAUUAUCUUGCUUGUGUACGAUCUACCAAACGCGAGGUAGCGUUAUGCUGACUCAUUAAUAAGAUAACGCUCGAAAAUA